AUGUUACAGGUCUACUCCUCAAGUUGUGAACCCUCCUACUCCCUGACUCAUCUAUUCCCUAAAACUAUUCUUGAUCAGGACAAAAACCAGACCACGUGCUUCUCACUACACAAGGAUCUGUUGAUCUGUGGUACUGAGAAUGGUUAUAUCAAGCUGCUGGAUAUAAACUCUGAGAAGAUCCUAGUCAAGGCUAGAGUUAACUCCUACUACAUAUCAGAUAUUAAAUACCACCAAGGACGGUUAAUUAGUCUGGACUGCUUUGGAAAUAUCUUGCACUGGAAGCUUUUAGAGGUCCCCCCUUUCCUCCAGGCUCUGGGAAAUGAGAGCCCUGAGGUUCCUUUUCUUCUCCAGCAGAGGAAUAUCGAGCGUCUUCUAGACUUUGGGUCUGAUGAUCUCAUUCUCACAACCUUCAAGUCUCAUAUUACAGUGUACAAGGACAACGCUUUCCUUGUUAGCUUCCCAGUAUACUCAGAUGUAUUCUGUAUUGAUAAACAGGACAAGUUGGUUGGGUUUGGUUGCAAGGGUGGAGUGGAUAGGGAGUUUGUUAACCCUGUUGCUGGAAUAGUUUUAAUAGAUCCAACAUCACCUCCUUUCAUACCUAGGAUUUAUUUUCGGACUCCAGAUAAUGAUCCAGUUAUUUCCAUACAACUCACCUCAAGGUUUUUGAUCCUGGGUGAUAUCAAUGGUGAGAUUCAUCUGAUAAAUGUUGAAAACCUGGAUAUACCAUCUGGAGAAUCCUUUAGGGAUCUUAAACCAUCAGACAUCACCACGCUACGCAGUCAUGGAUACAGGGAUUUUGUUUGGGCGCUCAACACUGACGGUUUCAGGUUGUUCAGCGGGGAUGAGACUGGACAGAUCAUUGUACAUGACUUUCUCCACGUGGAUGCGCAGAAUGCCGCCUUACAAGAUGCGCAGACUCCAGCAUUAAAAAUGGAAAAUGUUAAAGACCAGGACGAACAAGACUCAGUUGAUAAAGAUGUUUAACGUGUUCCUCCACCUUCAGAUAAAUCCACAAAAGAUUAAGGAGAAAAUCCGCGGAAAUCUCAACAACCAAAGAAAAACUAACUGUUAAAAAGGACCAAUCAAAGUAUUAGUCAUACAAUGCACUGUUGACAUUUUUGUAACUGUGCAAAUUCGUUUUGAAUUUUCUAUUUUCAUUGUAAAUCAUCAGUUUAUUUAUUUUCAGA